GCCCAUAGUCGCAAUUCAGACGCAGCAUCUUCUACAUAGUGACAGUUGCUAGUGAAAAGAUUUACCUCGUGACGAGAUAAGAGAGUAAACAUUUUUUUCAAUGACAUUAAAGUCUUGAGAAAGUAAAGGGCUACAGUGGCUCAUGAGCGAAUAUAUUUGAUUUGUUUUGGGAUUAUUAAAACAAAUUGGUUUUGCAUCAUCCAUCUUAUAAACAAGUUAGGAAAUGAUGUCAAGAAUAUUCAAAAUAGACAAAAUGAAUAGUGAUCCAUCUGAGGAAAAUUAAUAUCCUCCAAAAUAUAUUUUAUUAUAGUUAUGAAUAAUCGAUACAUUUAAAACAUUUUUGAAAGAACUGGACCGAUUUAAAUUGGUCGAAUACUUGUUUGUGAUGCCUAUAGAAAAUGGUAAACACGAUUUUGAUUAUUUCUUGGAGAAGGUGGGUAAUGAGGGAAGGUACCAGAAAAAAUUUAACGUACUCUUCAAUUGCAUUUAUCCCGCUCUAGUGACUGCUAUAUAUUAUAGCAUUAAUAUAUCUUUGGCUGUGCCUGAUCACUGGUGCAGAGUACCUGGUAGAACUUCAAAUUAUUCUGUGGAAGAAUGGAAAUUGUUGACUAUACCUUGGAAAAAUGAUUCCCUGGGUAACAAGGAAUUCAGCAAGUGUGAAAUGUUCUCGAUAGAUAGUUCCAAAGAAAUCAUUGGUUGCCAGUAUGGGUGGGAAUACGACACGAAGUGGUUCAAAAGUACCCUCACGACCCAGAACAACUGGGUGUGUGAAAAAUCGAGUUACGUCACUGAUGCUUUCACAUUUCUCACCAUCGGAGACGUUCUAGGUUCCUUCGUUUUUGGUCAGCUGGGCGAUAUGUACGGCAGAAGGCCGAUAUUCCUUGUUUCUACGGUGAGCGUGCUGAUUGGUAGAAUACUGGACCUGUAUACUUCUGACUAUUGGCUUUUAAUGGUCCUUUUUCUGGUCGGGAAUCUACCAUCUAAUUCUGUAUACCAAGCUCCGGAGGUGCUACUGAUGGAGAUAUCUGAGCCUGAGAAGACUUCCACCAUUGCCAUAGUGAAUCAGAUGUUUUAUUCCAUAGGUUACGGUAUAAUGCCUUUGGUGUUUUGGGCUGUACCUGACUGGAUUCCAUUUUCAAUGAUCAUCACAGCUCCUUUAAUAGCGUAUCUUUUUUUCUACUCGUUCAUGGUAGAAUCUCCAAGAUGGCUGCUGAAUCGGGGUAAGACAGACAGGUGCAUCAAAGAAAUGGCGAAAAUCGCAAAAACUAACGGAAGGAAGAUUCCUCAAGGAAUGUUCAAAUUGCUGAAAUCUGUUGAACCAGAAGUGGAAAAGACGUACGGUAUCAUGAGUCUCUUUUCCACGCCCAGAUUGGCUAGAGUUACCAUAUUCCUACUGAUUCAAGGGUCUUCGCACAUGAUCAUUUAUGUCUUGCUCUACCUGAACCUAAACAAUUUGGACGGCAAUCCUUUCAUGAAUUAUUUUUGGCAAGCUUUAGGUGAGAUACCUGGUCAACUUUUUGGCAAGUACCUUUGCGAUAGAGUUGGAAGAAAAUGGUCGAGAGUUUUCAGUUUUCUCGUCGCCCUGGUAAUGAACAUUGCCAUGACUUAUUUCGUUACAGAGAAAAACUCUGAAACCACUGUGUCGGCUAUACUGUUCAUUCUGAAGAUGUUUUUGGGAUUGAUACAGUACUCGAUGAAUGUUGGCACUAUUGAAAUGUACCCUACAGCUUUGAGACAAACUGGAGCUUCCCUGAACUACACUGUUGGAUGUUUAGCUUCUUUGGCUUGUCCAUUUGUAGUCUAUCUGGCAAGUGACUACGGAAAAGGAUUUCCAUAUGUUAUUCUCGCUGUCUUCUCAUGCCUUGGAUUUUUCGCUAGUUUCUUUUUACCUGAAACUUUGCACCAGAUACCCCCAGAAUCUGUGAAGGAAGCAGAUGAACUGAUCAAGAAACAAUCGAUAUUUUACUUUCCUAUUAGCCAAGAGAAUAAAGUGAUUGCGGAAGAAGUUAGUGGAAAAAGUCUAUUGAACUGAAUAAUAAAUUUUUAUUUUAUUUUUUU